AUGCAUCUACGUCCCUUGGAUGGGAAGCUACCUGAUGAGCGUCUCAAGAUCAUUUUUGAUGCUGUUGCACCUGGCCUGAUGCUCUGCGAGGACUACACCAAGCAGCGCGCUCACGACAUCCCUGCUGGGGGGCCAAUCCUUUCUGUGACUGACAUACACGGCACGGUUGAGACGAUUACUGCAGCAAAUCUCCAGCGUGUGAACGAGACGACUUUCAUCCUCUUCACAAGCGGGUCGACAGGAACGUCAAAGGGUAUUCGGCUGUUGCCACGAGGUAUCAUCAACUACGUCGCCACCAAGAGAUCGAAGCUCUCUCUUGGUCGAGAGGUUGUCCUUCAGCAGAGUGCUCUUGGGUUUGAUAUGUCACUUGCCCAAGCAUUCCUGGCUCUCGCGCUGGGUGGCACAUUGGUCAUCGCGCCCAGUGCCACUCGAGGGGAUCCACUCGCUUUGGGCAAGCUCAUGGCUGAUGAAGGAGUCACAUUUACGUUGGGAACUCCGACUGAGUAUCUCAUGCUCAUACGCCAUGGUGGUCAAGACGUGAAGGCAAUGAAAUCUUGGCGGAACGCGACUUCUGGUGGCGAAGUCAUCACUGCUCAACUGAAAGCCUCUUUCAGAAGUCUUCAGCAGCCUCCAAUCCUUACCGAUUGUUACGGACCUACUGAGAUCUCAUGUUGCGCUACCAUUCAGACCAUUGACAUCGAGAAUGAUGGAGAUGACAGUGUCUACAUCUCUAUCGGCCCAGCGAACCCCAACACUACCAUCUACAUCCUCGAUGAUAGUGGACACGUUGUUCCACAGGGACUCACUAGUGAGAUCUACGUUAGCGGCGUUGGCGUUGCGCUCAGCUAUCUCGACGACAAGUCAAACUCACAGAAGUUCGUGCCUAACCCGUUUACGACGGCUAAGUAUAUUAAAAAAGUAUGGACAACGAUGUAUCGUACUGGAGACAAGGGCCUCAUCCGUGCUAAUGGCGGUCUCCAGUUUGUGGGCCGCAUGGACGGUGAUACGACUGUCAAGCUUCGUGGGCUACGUGUUGACCUUGAUGAUGUCGCCAAUACCAUGCUACAGGAGUUCGGGGACUCUCUCGAAGAUGUUGUGGUUACCGUUCGUGGUGAUCCAGCCUUUCUCGUGGCGCACGUUGUGCUGACUCGGGGAACUUCUAUGGAUGCUUCAAAGUUGCAAGAACUGGCGAGCACCUUGCCACUUCCUCAGUAUAUGAGACCUGCACUGGUCAUACAACUGGAGAAAUUACCGUUGAAUAGGAGUGGAAAUCGUCUCGCUAUCGCAGCCUUGCCUCUACCUACGACAUCCGUAUUAUCUGCGCCUUUGAAGAAGGUGUCGGAUCGAAAGCCCAUGCUUAUUGAAGGAGAAUUGAGACUUAUUUGA